AUGUGGAAAGUGCGGAAUCAACGCCCCGCCGAGAGUGAGGAGGACUCCGAUAUUGAGAACCUGUUAGCCGCUCUGACACCAGCCGAGGUGGAAGAGCUGCAGUGCGAACUGACUGUUAUUGACCCGGAUCAAACUGUGCCAGUCGGGCACCGGCAGAGGAACCAGACAGACAAGCAGCCGUCAAUAAAAUACAAUAGAGGGGCGAUGCUUGAUUACUGUGAGCGCGAAACCAAGAAACUCAUUCAAAGGGAGCUGUCCUUUGAGGUAUGAUGUCAAUGUUGUAAGCUGUGCGUAAAGGGCAGCUUGUACCAAGAAAAAAAUACAAUAGUUAGGAGUGGCAUGCUGGUUGAACCCUGAAAUUGUGUUAUUACAGUACGAAUAGUGUAUCCUAAAUGUUUGAACAGCUGUCAAUCGAGUACUUCAAGAUGGCCUACCAAUUUGACAUCUUAUUCAAGUGCCUAAGUAUAUCAGGACCCUCACCCUGUCAACCCUGGAUUCCAGACAUGGUGCAGUGAUUUCAGGAUUCAAGACCAGGGAUGAUGGGGGUUAUCAGGCAGAUGAAAAUACUAUUGUGGCCAAUAUUUCACCCACUAACUUCAAAUAUAACUGCUGUUAGUGUCGCUACUGGAAAUAAAUAAAUAAUAAUUGUAUGGAGUUUGACAGAAAUAGGAAUACAGACAUACAGUGGGGUCCAAAAUGAUUGACACCCUUGCUAAAGAUGAGCAAAAAUGACUAUAAAAUAAUUAAUUGAAAUACUGAGCUGUAUUGAACGCAACCAAAAAAAAUGGGGGAAUAUUAUUUUAUACUAAUACAAUGGCUUAGAGAAAGAGAUUUUAUUUAACAAGCAAUAUUUUAUUUUCUCAAAAAGGUAGGGGUCAAAAUUAUUGACACCCCUGUUUUCAAUACCUUGCAAUACCUCACCUUGGUGGAUCUUUGAUGUCAUGGGGCUAUUUUGAAUCCACUGGUCCUGGGGCCCUUGUCAAGGUCAACAGCAUCAUGAACUUUACCCAGUACCAGGACAUUUUAGCCAAAAACCUGGUUGCCUCUGCCAGGAGGCUGAACUUGGCCGCAAGUGGAUCUUCCAGUAAGACAAUAACCCCAAGCACACAUCAAAAUCCACAAAGAAAUUGUUAAUUGACCACAAAAUCAACAUUUUGCAAUGGGCUAUCUCAGUCUCUGGACUUGAAAAGCAUUGAAAACCUGUGGUUUGAAUUGAAGAGGGCAGUCCAUAAACGCAGACGAAGGAUAUCAAGGAUCUGGAAGGAUUCUGUAUGGAGGAAUGGCCUAAGAUCCCUCCCAACUCAUAAAACAUUUUAGGAAAAGGCUCAGUGCCGUUAUCCUUGCACGGUGAGGUAUUGAAAGUUAUUGAAAACAGUCAUUUUUACCUCUACCUUUUUGAGAAAUAAAAAUAUUACUUGGUAAACCAAAUCUUUCUCUGAGCAAUUGUAUUAGUAUAAAAUAUAAAUAUGACAUAUCACACAAGUCACAGAUCUUGACUAUGACAAUACCAGUGUCCUAUUUUGUAAAUGAAGUUUAUUUUUUCAGAUGAUACAGUAAUAUCCUAAUGAUUAAUGAAGAGAAGCUUAGACACUGAGCUUACCUUUAGAGACCCAGAGUAUGUUGACACUCAGCUGUUGGAUAAAGCCUCCAACAGGUGACAAGUAAGGAAACAUGAGCUAUGUUGUAACAGCUGCGUGUAUAGAGACUAUUGAGAAUUCUUGUUGUUUGAAAAGGAUCCAGAGCAAGGGUACGGAAGACCCAGUGUGAACAGGCAAAAUGUCACCUACACACUGGGGCAUCAUAACUCUGAGGAGUUGCUAGGCAGCCCCAUUUUUUAAAUCAUAAACAAAUGAGCCCCUGAGCCCUGAAGAGAAAAGCUACUGCAUCAUCUUGAGAAGUGUUUUCAUUACUUGGUAACAAGAAAUGUGUUGUAGGUGUUAUGUGAUAAAUGCAUACCAUAUCAUGGUUGGAUUUUGUGUCAGUGUGUAUUUGAGGGAAUACAAUUCUGUUGAGUGCAUGUAAUUGGCAUUACAUAUAUAUUGACCACUAUACCAUGCCAUGUAUAAAUAGCAGGAUAUAUGAUUCACAUUGUAUUAAAAUGUUAACUAUACUACUACUAUAUAAUUGGUUAUCAAUACUUAAAUUCCAUCCUACAAAGCUGUACUUGGCCAUCUGUAGGGUGUUUGGUGUAGAUAUUUUGUAUGUUGUUUUGUUUUCACAAAGCCCAUCUGGAGAAGGUUUUGGUGAACAAGGUAAAAUACAGGCUCAUGGAAUAAUGAGUCUGGCUAAUGCUGGUUCCAGUUCUAAGACGAAUGAAAUUCCAGAGCAGAAGGCUCCUCGCUCUGACCCAUACUACCUUUUAAGGAAACAUCUGCCAGAGAUACUAACACAGUGGCUCGCAGAUCCCUACCCAUGCAUCGCCCUGUAUGGGAUGCAAAAGCCCUGAUUGCUAUAUGCAAGAUAUACCGUUUUCCAGAGGGUGUUCGUAGAGGCAAUGUUCCAUAGGUUUUCCAGAGGGUGUUCGUAGAGGCAAUGUUCCAUAGGUUUUCCAGAGGGUGUUCGUAGAGGCAAUGUUCCAUAGGUUUUCCAGAGGGUGUUCGUAGAGGCAAUGUUCCAUAGGUUUUCCAGAGGGUGUUCGUAGAGGCAAUGUUCCAUAGGUUUUCCAGAGGGUGUUCGUAGAGGCAAUGUUCCAUAGGUUUUCCAGAGGGUGUUCGUAGAGGCAAUGUUCCAUAGGUUUUCCAGAGGGUGUUCGUAGAGGCAAUGUUCCAUAGGUUUUCCAGAGGGUGUUCGUAGAGGCGAUGUUCCAUAGGUUUUCCAGAGGGUGUUCGUAGAGGCAAUGUUCCAUAGGUUUUCCAGAGGGUGUUCGUAGAGGCAAUGUUCCAUAGGUUUUCCAGAGGGUGUUCGUAGAGGCAAUGUUCCAUAGGUUUUCCAGAGGGUGUUCGUAGAGGCAAUGUUCCAUAGGUUUUCCAGAGGGUGUUCGUAGAGGCAAUGUUCCAUAGGUUUUACAUGGGCUGUGUCCUAACGUACGGACAUAGACAUUCCAGAAGCAUUCAGAAAAUAUUUUCUAAAUGAAAAAAUAUAUACGUACAGUGAGGGGAAAAAGUAUUUGAUCCCCUGCUGAUUUUGUACGUUUGCCCACUGACAAAGACAUGAUCAGUCUAUAAUUUUAAUGGUAGGUUUAUUUGAACAGUGAGAGACAGAAUAACAACAAAAAAAUCCAGAAAAACACAUGUCAAAAAUGUUAUAAAUUGAUUUGCAUUUUAAUGAGGGAAAUAAGUAUUUGACCCCCUCUCAAUCAGAAAGAUUUCUGGCUCCCAGGUGUCUUUUAUACAGGUAACGAGCUGAGAUUAGGAGCACACUCUUAAAGGGAGUGCUCCUAAUCUCAGUUUGUUACCUGUAUAAAAGACACCUGUCCACAGAUGUUUACAAAUUUCAACACUUUUUGUACAUAGUCCCCCCAUUUUAGUGGAGAAAAAGUAUUAGGACAAAUUCACUUACAGUGAGGGGAAAAAAAGUAUUUGAUCCCCUGCUGAUUUUGUACGUUUGCCCACUGACAAAGAAAUGAUCAGUCUAUAUAAAAGACACCUGUCCACAGAAGCAAUCAAUCAAUCAGAUUCCAAACUCUCCACCAUGGCCAAGACCAAAGAGCUCUCCAAAGAUGUCAGGGACAAGAUUGUAGACCUACACAAGGCUGGAAUAGGCUACAAGACCAUCGCCAAGCAGCUUGGUGAGAAGGUGACAACAGUUGGUGCGAUUAUUCGCAAAUGGAAGAAACACAAAAUAACUGUCAAUCUCCCUCGGCCUGGGGCUCCAUGCAAGAUCUCACCUCGUGGAGUUGCAAUGAUCAUGAAAACGGUGAGGAAUCAGCCCAGAACUACACGGGAGGAUCUUGUCAAUGAUCUCAAGGCAGCUGGGACCAUAGUCACCAAGAAAACAAUUGGUAACACACUACGCCGUGAAGGACUGAAAUCCUGCAGCGCCCGCAAGGUCCCCCUGCUCAAGAAAGCACAUAUACAGGCCCGUCUGAAGUUUGCCAAUGAACAUCUGAAUGAUUCAGAGGAGAACUGGGUGAAAGUGUUGUGGUCAGAUGAGACCAAAAUCGAGCUCUUUGGCAUCAACUGAACUUGCCGUGUUUGGAGGAGGAGGAAUGCUGCCUAUGACCCCAAGAACACCAUCCCCACCGUCAAACAUGGAGGUGGAAACAUUAUACUUUGGGGGUGUUUUUCUGCUAAGGGGACAGGACAACUUCUCCACAUCAAAGGGACAAUGGACAGGGCCAUGUACCGUCAAAUCUUGGGUGAGAACCUCCUUCCCUCAGCCAGGGCAUUGAAAAUGGGUCGUGGAUGGGUAUUCCAGCAUGACAAUGACCCAAAACACACGGCCAAGGCAACAAAGGAGUGGCUCAAGAAGAAGCACAUUAAGGUCCUGGAGUGGCCUAGCCAGUCUCCAGACCUUAAUCCCAUAGAAAAUCUGUCGAGGGAGCUGAAGAUUCGAGUUGCCAAACGUCAGCCUCAAAACCUUAAUGGCUUGGAGAAUAUCUGCAAAGAGGAGUGGAACAAAAUCCCUCCUGAGAUGUGUGCAAACCUGGUGGCCAACUACAAGAAACGUCUGACCUCUGUGAUUGCCAACAAGGGUUUUGCCACCAAGUACUAAGUCAUGGGCGGCAGGUAGCUUAGUGGUUAAGAGCGUUGUGCCAGUAACCGAAAGGUCGCUGGUUCUAAUCCCCGAGCCAACUAGGUGAAAAAUCUGUCGAUGUGCCCUUGAGCAAGGCACUUAACCCUAAUUGCUCCUGUAAGUCGCUCUGGAUAAGAGCGUCUGCUAAAUGACGUAAAUGUAAAUGUAAAUGAUGUUUUGCAGAGGGGUCAAAUACUUAUUUCCCUCAUUAAAAUGCAAAUCAAUUUAUAACAUUUUCAACGUGCAUUUUUCCUAAUUUUUUUGCUGUUAUUCUGUCUCUCACUGUUCAAAUAAACCUACCAUUAAAAUUAUAGACUGAUCAUGUCUUUGUCAGUGGGCAAACGUACAAAAUCAGCAGGGGAUCAAAUACUUUUUUCCCCUCACUGUACAUACAGUACAUUGUGUAUUAAAUAAUUAUUAAUCUAAUACUGCACUUCAUACUUGUAUGAUUCAUGCAACUAUCUUUCUUAUGUACUUCAUACUUAAGGAGCCUACAACUGACAGAGUGAAAUGGGAACGCCUGAAGAAGAUGGGGAAGAGCUGUGAUAGUUUCUUCUACUUCAAGUCAGAUGACCUGGAUGACCAGGAUGUCAUGGACCUAAACUUCUCUGCUGUGGAGACCACUAAGGAAGACAUAUCCAAGGACAAAUAG